CGCACCAUUUUCCCAACGAAUCCAUCCCGAGCCAGAGCCCGUUACUGCGGAGCGGAGAGAGAGAGAGAUAGAGAGAGAGAGGGAGGACAACAAACGCAUUUAAACCGAUUUACCGUCCAAGCGCUCAGACAAGCCAUCCAUUACUGGGCCAUGAUGGGGAGGUUGUGUGAGUUGCUGCUUGUGUCCCUUCUUAUAACAUGUCUCCUGAACACUGAGGUAACGUGGGCUAAAAAGGUGGUAGUUUCGGUGGCGGCAGGAAAACCUCCAGCAACAGAGGAACACAGUCAAAGCUCCAGCUCCCAGCCGGGAAACUACCCCCGACAGCCGCAGAGCCCCAAUCGAAACCCCAAUCCAUAUCCGGCUGGUGGAAGUUACCCCUACCCGGGAACAGGCACUAAUCAAGGAGGAUAUCCCCGACAGAACCAACCAAAUUACCCAGGAGCCGGUAGUAACCCAAACCAGUAUCCUGGUAGAGCCAAUCCCGGAGGGUAUCCAAACCAGAACCCAGCUGCUGGAGGGUAUCCAAACCAGAACCCAGCUGCUGGGGAUCCUAAUCAAUAUCCUGGGAGAGGGAAUUAUCCAAAUCAAAAUCCACCUGCUGGAGGCUAUCCAGCAGGUGGCUACCCCAACCAGAACCCCGCCAGAGGUGGAGGUUAUCCCAACCAGUACCCCGCUGCAGGAGGUUAUCCUAACCAAUAUCCAGCGGGUGGCUACCCAGCAAGGAGUCCAGGCGGCUACCCGAACCAGUAUCCAGGAGCAGGUGGUUACCCAGUCAGAACAGGAAACACAGGACAGGGUUGGGGUGUACCUGGAGGGAAUCCAGGUGGUUACCCCGGUGGUUACCCCGGUGGUUACCCUGGUGGUUACCCCGGUGGAGCAGUUGGUGGCUACCCCAACUGGAACCCAGGCAAUAAGAUCCUCAGUCCCCGCUUUGGCGGAGGAGGCUAUGGAUAUGGUGGUUAUGGGAUGGGAGGGUCUCCUUUCUCUCACUCUGUGCAGCAAAUGGGAUACCAGCCCAAGUCCACAGGGUUUGCCAAAAAAGCCAUGAUGGCAGCAGGUGUUGGCGCGUUGGCUGGAAUGGCGGUUGGAUACGGACUGGGGCGCUUCCCUCGACCGCACUUCAAUUUCCGCAACCCUGAAGAAGAGUACUACUACAACAACUACAUGUACCGUCGCUAUGGCACCCAGUCGACGGAUCAGAAGGACUAUGGCCGUGAUUACGUCUACAAGCCUCCCCCACGGGCACAGACCUAUGAAGACUUCAUGGCUGAGUGCAUGAACAGGACGGACCUUCUGAAAGAUAAGGGCAGCAGCUCUUCCACUCCCAAGAGCGGAGCCAAUGAGGGGGAUGAUGACACUGUGAGCAUAGAGGAGAUCGGAUACCCAGCCCUGAUUGACCAAGUGAAGUCCCGCCGCUGCGUUGAGGAGUACAUGGUCCGCUCUGAGAAAUAUCUGCAGGAACGAACAGCUGAGCAACAAAUGGAUCCAAGAAACAGCAGCCCUCUGAGCUACGGAGUGAUUCAGUUAUUCACUUCCUUCCUCAUGCUGUUGUCCAGCAUGCUCCUGCUGCAGUGAGGAAGAAAACAGGCCUCCAUUUACCACACCCCAAAUGGCUUUUUAUUGUCUCCAUUAUAGCUGCACGUCCACAGUCUGCUAAUGUAUAUUAUCUCUGUAAGGCAAACUAUAGCUGUAUACUUUCAGUCUGCAGAAAAUUAGCAAAAGGUAAGAAAACGUUGGCAUGUAGACACGGUGGUACUAACUAAAGGAGUCUGUUUAAAAUGUCACAACUGGACCAUCAGUUUUUGUUGUUCUUCUAACUAUUUUUAUCUUAAACUAAUUUUGCACUCCUGUUAAUUUGCACUUUUUAAUUCCAGAUGAUCGAGCACUGAGCACAUAGAAAACAGAUUCAGGGUAAUGAUGAUGACGAUGAUGUCAUUUAGGAUACAAAACUGGAGAUAAUUAGCCGUUCUUUGAAAAGGACCACUCACAGGGAAGUUUAGUCCACAGUGCUGCUUGCCAGCCCUUUCCCAAUGUUAUAAUGGAUCUGUUAUAUUAUGAGGAGCCAUCUGUAGAGAAUGAAUGGCUUUAAUGUCUGGCUCUGAAUUGUUUUGUAAUGGCCAAGACAAGUUCACUUAGUGCUCAUUGAGGACACUGGGCACAAUUUGAUGUAAACAGUUGCCCAUAAUAUGGUUUGCAUAUUGCAGGAUGAUGAUAAAAGAGUCUUAAGUCACACUUCCUUGAUUUUUCCAAAGGUUUUAAAUAUCUUUUUAUUGUUAUUUUUUUUUAAAAAUUGAAAGGGCAACAUUCUAAGAGGCUGGUUCAUAGAGGAAACAAAAUGAACUAAAAAUCUUUUUCUCAGUACAUAGAUUCAGUUUUUUCAGCAUUUGACUGCUUGAGAUUCUAAAGGGUUCCUCCAUUCCUGUAGAAAAACAUGAGUGCUUCUAUAGAUAUAUUUAGUAUCCAAGGUUUUCCAAAGUCAUGACUUUAGAAAUCAUUGAAUUCCAGAUUGAAAUAAUUGGAAAGUCAGCUCAAAUUAGCUUCUUUAUUUGUACAAGAGAUAAUAAUUUCCAAGCAGCUAUAAAAGUUUGUUUACUGGCACCUGUUGAUGUAUUUCUGUACUGAUGUUUUUGUCCUCCAGAUUAUAUGAAUGUUUAGUAUUUACAGUCAGUUUUACAUUUGGGAGAAUUUGGUGACAUUCCUGUUUUAUGCUUCUUCUAAAUAUAUGAUUAGUUGAGCCGUAUAAAACCAAGAUGUUCUUAACCAUGUAAAUUUGUCCAUGUUCAGACUAAAUAACUGGUAUUGUAUUAGGUACUUGUGCUCUCUAUGAUACAGAAAGAUCUUCACUAACACAUGAGAGUCAUUUGUACAUUCCAUUGACUUUUGUAUACACAUUAUGUCUGAGUUGUAAUCAGUCGAGGAAACCUUUAUCCUAAAUCUUCCACCUUUUAAGAGAUUGCUGAUUCUAUUUGUGUCCAAUCCUUGCCAUUAUUGAACCGAACUGGGCAAUGGAACUGAGUUUUUUUCCUUCGAUACGCCACAAUAAACACUAAUGAAGAAUAGCUCUACUUCUUCUCAGAUAUAUGGUUCUUGCACAUUAUUCACAGCUCUGUGUGAAAUCCUGGACUGCAUGUAAUAUCCCCUGACAGAAGGGAGACAUCUGUCAAUGUUGGUCCUUAGAAGAGCAGCAAAUGCUGCCAUUAGUGGUGUUGCUGUCUUGCCAGCAGCUGUUGAGAACAAUAGGUAGUUGAAGAUACUGACUGAUGCUUUUAAUCAGUGCAGUUGUUUGUGCAGAUGAGGUUCGUGACAAUUCACCACUUUACUGCUCAAUUCUCAAAUCCGAACUCUUGUUUUUUCUCCGUGUUUUUGAGUCAUAGUCGCCCCUUAAUGUCUUAUGUGUCAUCAGUUGGACAACACUAGCAGUGGCACUGGAAACAAAGGCUGAAUAAUGCCCAGUUACAGUGGAAAGGACUGAGUGUGGUCCUUUACUCUUGUACUUAAAUGACCCUCAUGUUUCCAGGCACGCUCUCAGUUUCCAGAGACACAAGUUUUUCUCGAGCUAGUUAGUACACGUCUUCUUAUAAUCAUCUGCAUCUGCCAAAAGAACAAUGAGAAAGUCAGAUAUGGUCGGGUCUGUAAAUACCUCGGUUUGUUUUUCCUUAAACUGGCUGUCAUGGUGCAUGUCUCUGGUAAUUACAACACUAGUCUUGAUUUAAGAGUCUGAACUCUCAGCAGGUUUUUUUUUUUUUUUGGCUGCUGUGUCACAUUAAUGGAUACUUUAUUUGCUUCUACUAUUCCAGCUGGGAUUAUUUUAAAAAUAUAUAUAUAUUUUUAGUUUUUUCUUUCCCUCUAAGUUCUGUAAAGCAUUCUGCAUUUUGAAAUUUAAAUUCAGCUUGCAGGCUGUCAAUAAAGCCAUUUUAAAGGGAUUCCAAGCUAAAAAAGCACCCUUGUAUGCAUCCUUUCACAUGUAUACUGUUACUAUCCAGCCAAUCUUUAACAUUUCUCCUUCAUUCUCUCCAUUUGAUUAGUUUUUGUGCUCCACUCCACAUCCUCUCCUGAUCAUUUUUAUUGAUUCUGGCAACAUGGUUUAAUUUGAUUUAGCAUUACAGAUUAAUUUUCUCAUCCUGUCCAGCUGUAGAAUAUCUGUAAAGUGCACUUACUUCCCUUCAGGACUGGAUAUUCUGUACUUGUGUUGUCGAGCUCACAUUGCCAGUGUAGAUGUCUGAGUGAAUCUCAAAUCUCUCACCCUGUAAAUACUUUGUGUUACUCAUCAGAUAAUAUGACUAACAUGGUUUUAAUAUGGUUUCUCAUGAAUGUCUAUGUGUCAAAUAAAAUAAUUUGAAAAUGG